CACCCCGUCUGUCUUUCCUGUCCUAUGUCCCAUCGUGUUGGUUGAGACACGUGUAUGCGUUAGCCAGUUCCUUACCUGUAUACUAUCGUCCAAUCCACCGUGUUUCCCCGAAACACACAACAGCACCAUGGUGAAGUUAGCAAAGGCAGCAAACAAGCAAGCGGCCCAAAAGAAAAAGGCCCCCCCACCACCUAAAGAAGUGGAGGAGGAAUCCAGCGAAGAGGGCAGCAGUGAGGAGGAAGAGGCCCCUCCUCCUAAAGCGGUGAAGAAAGCCACACCAGCUAAAGCAGCUGCUAAAAAUGGCACUGUUGUCAAAAAAGCAGAAAGUGAAGAUGAUGACUCUGAGGAGGAGGAGGAGUCUGAAGAGGAGGCCCCACCACCAAAGAAGACUCCUGCAAAAGCAACACCAGCCAAGGCACCUCCUGCAAAGGCAGAGGAAUCAGAUGACGAUGAUGAUGAUGAUGAAUCGGAAGAAGAGGCCCCACCACCCAAAAAAGGAGCCAAGGCUGCUGCUAAACCCCCAGUGAAGGCUAAACCUGCAAAGGAGUCCUCUGAGGAGGAAGAUGAUGAAUCUGAAGAGGAGGCCCCACCCCCCAAGAAAGCUACUCCAGCCAAACCAGCUGCAAAGAAAGCUGCUAAGGCAAAGCCCGCGAAGGAGGCUUCUGAUGAUGACGAAGAAGAUGAAGAUGAUUCUGAAGAGGAGAUGGACACCACUCCCGCUCCAGCAGCCACUAAGGCAAAAAAAGCCGGCAUGGUCAAGGCCAAGGAGGAGUCGGAGGAGGAUGAUGAUGAUGAAGAAGAUGAUGAUGAUGAGGAGGAUGAUGAUGAGGAAGAAGAGGAUGCCCCCGUGACACCUGGAAAGAGGAAGGCAGAUGGCAAAAAGGAUACACCACCUGCCAAAAAGGCAAAGGCAGAAGGUGAAGGCUUCUGUCUAUUUGUUGGAAAUUUGAACUUCAACAAAGAUUUUGAUGAAAUCAAAUCAGCCCUGAGGAAAUUCUUCACCAAGAACGACCUUGAGGUUGCCGAUGUCCGGUUAGGAGGAACCAAAAAAUUUGGCUAUGUGGACUUUUCAACUGAGGAGGACAUGCAGAAGGCACUGGAGCUCAAUGGCAAAAAGGUCAUGGGCCAGGAGUUGAAGUUGGAUAAGGCCCGCAGCAAAGAGACCUCACAGGAGGGCAAGAAAGAGAGGGACGCCAGGACACUCUUUGUGAAAAACCUUCCCUUCUCUGCCACGGUUGAUGACCUAAAGGAAGUCUUUGAAGAUGCAGUUGAUGUCCGGUUGCCGCAAGGCCAGAACGGCUCAAACAGAGGCAUUGCUUACAUUGAAUUCAAAUCGGAGGCAGAAGCCGAUAAGAUGCUGGAGGAGGCACAGGGAGCAGAUGUACAAGGGCGGUCCAUCAUGGUUGAUUAUGUUGGUGAUAAGAGUCAGAAGGGUGCCAAGGUGGGAGGAGCAAUGGGAGCAGCCAGUAAAACGCUGGUCGUGAAUAAUCUGGCCUUCAGUGCCACAGAGGAAGCCCUGCAAUCCACAUUUGAGAAGGCUGUGUCCAUAAGGGUUCCACAGAGGGAUGGCAGACCCAAAGGUUUUGCAUUUGUAGAGUUUGAGACCACAGAUGAUGCUAAGGACGCUUUGGAAAACCUCAACAACACAGAAAUUGAGGGCCGCACAAUCCGACUGGAGUUCAGCCAGAACAGUGGAAACAGAGAUGGAGGAAGAGGAAACUCUGGUCCAACAAAAACCCUGUUUGUGAAGGGUCUGUCUGAGGACACAUCAGACCAGACUCUUAAAGACUCAUUUGAGGGUGCUGUGGGAGCCAGGAUAGUCACAGACAGGGACACCGGCUCAUCUAAAGGCUUUGGCUUUGUGGACUUUGACAACGAGGAUGACUGCAAAGCAGCCAAGGAGGCAAUGGAGGAUGGUGAGAUCGAUGGUAGCAAAGUGACCCUGGACUACGCCAAGCCCAAGGGUGAAGGCGGUUUCCGUGGAGGCAGAGGCGGUGGUGGAUUUGGCGGCCGCGGAGGGGGCAGAGGAGGCCGUGGUGGAUUUGGAGGAUUUGGUGGUGGUCGCGGAGGAGGAGGAAGAGGUCGUGGUGGAUUUGGCGGCCGCGGUGGUGGUGGCCGAGGAGGUGGACGUGGCUUUGGAGGCGGAAGAGGUGGCGGCGGAUUUGGAGCCAAACCCCAGGGGAAGAAAAUCAAGUUUGAUGACUAAAUCAUUAUUCUGUUCUACAUUUUCAAUGGACUCUGGUUUCACCAAUUCAGAGCUUUUGGACAUUCCGGAAAGCGUCGUUGAUAAAUAUUUAACUGUUAAUGGGCAUUUUAGCCCUUUAUUUAGAUCUUUCAACCUUCCCCCACGCUUGUGUGCCAGAAUGGUACUUUUGACCUUUUCAACUUAAGUACUACGUGUGAGUACAGACUGUCUCAAAUGCAAACCUGCACCUCUUGCCCUUGGUAGCUUACUUUUUCUUAAGGAGUAAAACGGAACGGGGCCUGGCAACAAGUUUGCAGUGGGAAAAAAAAUGUGCGUCUUUGUCAGAUACAUUGUGUAAAUUUAAACAGUUUGUAUGAUUUAAUUUUACCUUUUGUAAAAAAACAAUACACCUGUAUCCUUUGUUUUUUUUGUUUUUAUUAUCAUUUAGUUCUGUUGAGUUGCCAAGUUUUACUGUAAUGUGCAAAGAAUAUUUUGAUAGUUGGAUGAUAAGAAUAUGGCUUAUGUUCAUAUCACGGACUGUGUCAAAGGACGAAUGGCUACAUCUAUGUAACAUAAAAUAGUGACAUAAGAUAUUUGUAGUGCAUUGACUAAUUUUUUCCCAUCUGAGAAUGAAAGCUUUUCAUGUGAUUGAAUAAAACUGUGUAGGUGGUGAUUUUUA